CAUUCUGGCCUACAGCCUGCUGGAACAGCACAUAUCCAUCGAGAUUCUGCUGGACAACGCCGCCCUCUACAGAGAAAUAGCCAAUAAUGCCAUGUUACGCUGGCACCCCUUCCUCUACUGGACAGUAUUAGGAAUUUUUCAGGGUCUCAUGUUCUUCUUUGGUGUCCGUUUCCUGUUCAGCAAUCCAGCCCUGCAAGAUAAUGGGCAGGUCUUUGGAAACUGGUCUUAUGGAACAAUUGUCUUUACGGUCCUUGUUUUCACUGUUACAUUGAAGCUGGCUCUGGACACACGGCACUGGACGUGGAUCAACCAUUUUGUGAUCUGGGGCUCUUUGGCUUUCUAUGUUUUCUUCAGUUUCUUCUGGGGAGGCAUCAUAUGGCCGUUUUUGAAGCAACAGCGUUUGUACUUUGUGUUUGCCAACAUGCUGAGUUCA